AUGCUCCCAUACGACCUAGUGUCUCGAAUAGCCUCUCAUGAGGCUGCCCUGGUCAAAGCCGCUCGUGCCAUGGGAUAUGUGUUCACUACCCGCACUCCCACUGGGGUCUCAAUCAAAUUGGGCGAUCUUGAGUUGCACUAUGAAGUGCUACAGGUCUUGGAAUUUACCAGUUUCCGGAAACGCAUGGGCGUUGUUGUACGCGAACCGUCCGGACGCAUCCUCGUGAUGGUCAAGGGUGCGGUACGUCAAUCGUUUAUAUCUGUCUGGAGAUGGUGCUCGCUUGAGUACCCGUUUAUUUUAGUUGUGUCUCUGACCCCGAAACAUCUGAUCAUCAAUGGGAAACUGUGUGUGGCCGCUAUACAUGCUGCGUUGAUGGCAUUUAACUGUUGA